GAAAAUGCUGAAAUCUAUUAUCUAGCACCACCACCAGCAGCUACAACGAUUUUUUUUUCUUUUCUCUUUUGGUUCUCUUUGUUCUCUGCAAAUCCAAGUUCAUUUCCAUGGCUUCGGCUUCUUCUUUUGCAUUAUUACCCUCCAAGUUUGGAGGGAUUUCUGAGAAUUCAAGGCCCAAACUUUUUGAGUUACGCGCAAAACCCACAAAUUUAAUCUCAUCUGUUGCAUCUCACUCUCGUUUUCGUCAGAGCAAGACCUUGAGAGUCUCAGCUUCGGUCUCGGCCCCUAACCUGGAGCUCCGAAACGGUCCCUAUGAUCUUGUUUCUUCCAUUAUUUCCAAGGUUACAGAAUCCGAUAGAGGUGUUUUGCUUAAAAAAGAGGAGCACAUUAAGGUAGCUGAAGUGGCUCAAGAGUUGCAGAAAUAUUGUGUUAAUGAGCCUGUGAAAUGUCCACUUAUUUUUGGAGAUUGGGAUGUGGUGUACUGCUCGGUGCCAACAUCACCUGGGGGUGGCUACAGAAGUGCAUUGGGCCGCAUUUUUCUUAAAACCAAAGAAAUGAUUCAAGGUAUAGAAGCUCCUGACGUUGUCAAAAACUUAGUGACCUUUUCUGCUUUUGGAUUCCUGGAUGGAGAGGUCUCUUUGAAAGGAAAGCUGAUAGCACUAGAUGAAGAAUGGGUCCAAGUAAUAUUUGAGCCGCCUGAAUUGAAGGUUGGAGCAUUGGAGUUUCGGUACGGUGGGGAAAGUGAGGUGAAACUUCGGAUCACUUACGUAGAUGACAAGAUCCGGUUGGGGAAGGGGUCCAAAGGCUCUCUAUUUGUUUUCCAAAGACGCAAUAGUUCCGUGUGAAAAAUCAUUUGGUUGAUAUUAUGAAUAACCAAGACAGCUCUGUCCCCAUGUACAAUAAGUUUCAUCUAGUUUAUGUGUAGAGAUCAGUAAGUUCUUUUCUCUUUC